AUGAGUGACAAUGAAGAAGACCCUCGGGAGAGACUAAAAGCCGCCAUUUGGUACACCGUGGGCGAGAUAUGCGAACGUGAAAGGAUCACUCUGAACGUAGUCAUCACGCCUCAACUGGUGGCGUCACUUGCAGACCUCGUCUUUGCACAAGCAGAAACACUGGGAAAGGAUCUGGAAACGUUUUCAAAGCACGCCAAGCGGUCGACUGUCAAUGCAGACGAUGUCAAGCACGAGAUUAUUACACGAGAGGCCGAGCGACUUUCGCGACGAAACAAGGGUGUCCGAGAUGCCAAGAAGAAGAAGAAAUGA